GAGGCAUUGGUAGGACCCAAAGCCAAAUCAGACUGUAGAGGUGUGCUCAAGCUGUGAAACAUUUUGUGUAUUUACUAAAAAAAAAAAAAACGCCAUUUAAACGCUUCAUGUAAUAAUGAUCAAGAUUUUACUGAAAAGAAAGAAAUUCUGAGGAGGUCCAGAGAAUAAAUCAACAUGGCUACUACUGAGACUGCCGAGUCAGGCUCUCCGGAGAACAAAGCGGAUCGGGCUGAUGGGGAUGCGAAUUACCCACUGAAAGUGCUUUACUGUGGAGUAUGUUCCUUGCCGACAGAGUACUGUGAGUACAUGCCUGAGCCAGCAAAAUGCAGACAGUGGCUUGAGAAAAAUUUCCCAGAUGUGUUUGCUAGACUGACUAUGGGGAAUGCGCCCAAGCAGGAAACAGGAGGAGGAGGAGGAGGGGGAGGAGGAGCGGGUGCAGCAGAGGUGCCACCUGCUGGAGAGGAAGAAGAGAAGAAGAAGCAGAAAAGAGGUGGCAGAGGUCAAAUCAAACAGAAGAAGAAGACCGUUCCUCAGAAAGUCACGAUAGCAAAAAUCCCACGAGCUAAGAAAAAAUACGUCACACGAGUGUGCGGCUUGGGCACCUUCGACAUAGAUCUUAAGGAGGCUCAGAGAUUCUUUGCUCAGAAAUUCUCCUGUGGUGCCUCAGUGACAGCAGAGGAUGAAAUCAUCAUUCAGGGAGACUUUACAGAUGACAUCAUUGACGUCAUCCAGGAGAAGUGGCCUGAGGUGGACGACGACAGCAUCGACGACCUCGGAGAAGUCAAGAAAUGAAAAUCCGAUGUGCACUUUUACUGAAACAGAGGCGACACGACAAAAAAACACGGCCAAAUGUACACGUUAACAUCAAGUUGUUUUAUAUCUAUUUUAUUUACUGUAUAGAACAUGGUGGACUUGGCCACACCCUUGGCGCUUUUUUUCCCCUCCAGUUCUAGAUAGCUGCUUGUUCUCUUGGUUGCCAAAGGUCUGGUAUGAUGUGAAUAUCUCAACACUUUGCUCAAUCAAACUGCAAGCUAAUAAAUUCCAGGCUCAUUGGUU